CCAACAUGGAGCACGGGCAGCGGGGACUGGACUCGGACCAGGUACAGCAGCAGCAGCUCAAACUGCGUGACAGGCAGAAGUUCUUUGAGGAGGUUUUCCAGCAUGAGGUGGAUUUCUUCUUCCCCAUGUCCCACCUGCAAAUAGAGCACAGGAGACCUCCCCUAGGCAGCAUUUCUUCCAUGGAAGUGAACGUGGACAUGCUGGAGCAGGUGGACUUGACAGAUCUUUCUGACCAAGACACUGUGGAUGUAUUUCUCAGCUGUGGAGCAGAGGACAACAACAUUGCCAGUCCCCUGCCAGAUCCCAGCCAAUGCCCAGACGAGAUCACCCUGCAAGUGCCCGACACAACUGAGAUCAAAUCACGGAUCUCAUCCACAUCCUCCGCCUCCACAGACCUGAACAGCCUGGACACCAGUGAGGAAGGGGCAGAAACUCCUGUGGUGCAGUCGGAUGAGGAGGACCUGCAGGAGGACAACCCUAAACAGCAGGUGGUCAGAAGUUAGCAUCAAGCUCCCUGCUCUCUCUUCACCCGGCCACUGCAUGGACCUGCCAGCAUGGAAGGAAGGCUGCUGGCUGUUUGACUCUCGUAAACCCCAAGCAGUGUCCCCAUCCUAAGCCGCUGCCUUCAAGGAGUGGAGACGAGUUCCCCCUCCCCCUGCUGGUUCAGCCAAGGGGGCAAGAGUGGGGCCCAGAAGAAGAGGGAUAUCAUAGGGUACAGAAAUUAACUCUUCAGGCUUUGCUACUAACACUCCUGCUUCACCCACCUAAGCUGCUAAGCUCACCCUGGUUGCAGCUGCACCCAGUCCCUGCAAGGCCCCUCUGCUGGAUCUCGGCUUCCCUUGGCCCCUCUAGACAAACAUUUAACAGCAGCCUACAGAGAAAUAACACUCCUGUCAAACAAGCAAUCAGGGUGUGUGUGUUAUUGGAAGAGAGUCAUGGGUGCCCAGGAGAUGGGGGAUAUGAGUUGUUUGGCCUUGGAAGGAGCUAGAGGAAGAGGCAAGUGUGGCAGGGGUGAAGUGCAUUGAGUCAGACUACAAAGGCAAACCUCCCUAGGAGAUGAGCUCACAUUUCAGACCCUGAAGCAGAGGUCUUACCCAGUUCCCAGCCCAGAGUCCUGCCUGACAAGCAGCACAGUCCCUUUAUCUGCCUACAACACGUGGAUGGAGAAAAUCAACAGCCCAUUGAAACUAUGCUGGUGGUAAUACAGAGGGGGCUUUGUGGUGCUCUGCAUUUCUGACCUGCUCCAAUUGCAGGGGGAGAUGCCAUAGUCUCAGACUAAUAACAGACCUGACCUAGCACUGAGUCCACAGGAACAGGUGAGCUGUAACAUGACCCCAAAUGUGUGCCAGUGCAGUUCCCCAUGGAUCAGCCUGCCCCUGAUUCUGGCUCUCAUUAACAAGUGCAGCAACAGCAGUCAAAACACCUGAGUGAGCAACGCAGCAUAUGCAGCAUGCUUGGAGUAGCUCUGGCUGUGAUUCCUGAGAGGAAUCUUACACAGAGCGAAGAACAUGCUGUCACUAACUUGGGCUUGGCCACUGCUCUUGUCUUCUUUAUAACAUAGCAAGUACAGCCAGAGGCAGAUCAGGUUGGAGGAAAGCUGCUUCCACCAGGUGCUGCCAGACAGGUGUCCUGGCUUUAAUCCAGCUAUAAAAGGGGAACUUGUCAUGCCCAUAGCAAAACUAGGUCAGCCAUAAGGAGAGGAGUCUGAGAUAGAAAUAACAGGCAUAGUGUAGUAUCCUAGAUCCUGGCUUCUUCCUUGGAACACUCAGAGUUUAACAGAACCUGGACUAACUUGUCAGCAACCCUGGCUGGACCAUGGCUGUAGCAGUUAGCAUCUCAUGUACCUUUAAGCUACAAGCCAGGUGCAGAUGAGUCAUGCCUCAGACACACAGUGCAGCUUGUAAAACACUUUAUCUAGAGGGAGUAGAGAGAAAAGAAAGGGCUGAAAAAAAGGAAGUGACUCAGGGGCUGGCAACUCCAGAGAGGCGGGACAGCACAGAAAUAGAUAAGCCGAGACAUCAAGGAAAUGAGAGCAAAACCCAUGGAAAAACAAGCAGCAAACUGUCCUCAUUCAGCAAGGGCAGACCUCAACUGCAGAACUCAUUUUCAGCAGUCAGUGGGAAGAGCCUUGCAGGGAGCAGCUCAAGCUGGAAGCCCUCUCUUAAGCCUACAAAGGUUCCAACCAGUGCCCCCACCCAUCCUAGCCCACAUCUAGAUGCAACAUAAUGAGCUCUGAGUCUCCAUUCUUGCACUCAUUAGAGGCCUCUUCCAUCACCUAAGGUAGAGUUGACAGUACAAUCAUUGCAAGGGUGCAGCACUGUGGAUCUGCUCAAGUUCCUUGCAGGUAGCACUGGUGGCAGGUGGCCUCCAGUGGUAGGUGCUUUAGGGCCCCUCUAAAUGUGCAAGUAAAGGUGCGAUAGGAUCAGAUGUGCAAUCCACACAAUAAUGCUUUCUACCAUGCCACACGUGCAUGGCAGGAAAUCUGUUUGUGAAACUGCAAAUUAGUUCUCAUCACACAUUGUUGACAGUGCAGGGGAGGGGAGUCCAGGAUCACAAUCCUGGGCUCCCUUUGCACUGGCGAGUAAAAACUCCUGUGGCUGGGAACCUCAUCAACUGGCAGGGCUCCCAGCUGUGGGGGCAUAGAUCCCAAAUUAAAGUUUAAUUAGACAUUCAAAUGAAAAAGUUAGAUGGAAACAGCUAUAAAAAGUUAUUGUAUGUUUUGCAGCUCCAACUUCAUAGCUGGAUAGACAUUUUUAUGACUUGAUAGUUACUUUGCACAUAGCUGGUCUCAAUAAAUUGCACAGUUCACCUGGUAAUUGUAUAAUACAUGUAACAUAGAGGGGGCUAUUUGAAUGCAUUUUAAUUACACAUUCAAAUUAAAACUGCAUAGAAACCAG